ACGGAUUGUGUGUGUUUUUUUCUGAGUGUUUUGUGUACAAUGGAGCUUUCUCUCGCGGAAAUUCGUAAUUUUAUGAUAAAUAAUGGGUGUAAAGUGACUAAUCAUGCUCUAGUGAAGCACUUCAAGGAGUUCCUUACAAAUCCUGAUACCCAAAAUGAAGCCCGGAAGCAAUUCAAGACAUACGUGAACAUUCUCGCGACCAUCCGAACCGAGGAUAAGCGAGAUGGUUCGAAUGAGAAGGAGAAAUAUCUAAUUCUCAAGUCAAAAUACCUCCAUGAAUGCCCAUCGGAAGAUAAUUUGAGUCUGGCCAGUGGAAGUACCCCAAUAAUGAGUCCCUCCACUCGCUCCAUUGCGUCCGAGAGUGAAUUUUCUCCUGGCGGGAGACAACCUCCACCCUAUAGGCCUCCUCCAAUAGUCUCUCCUGGAGCUUCCUCCUCAGGAACUCCCGUAAAAGUCCCCAUUAUGGAACCCCAGACUCGUGCCCAGUAUAAGGACUGUAUCAAUGAGUAUCGCACGGCAAUUAUGGGACUUCAGCGUCAGCCAAGUCUCGAGCAGGCUCCUGCUGAGUUCCGCCGAAGCGAGAGCCAAGAGGAUCCGCCUCAAGUGCCUCCCAGGAAGCGCUCGAGCGCCGAAAGAUCCUUCUCAGUGGAGAAGUCCAGCAGUGAUGAUUCCGUGGAGGAGGCCAAUAAAGAAAAUCUGGCCAUUAUGGAGGAGAUGAUGGAGAUUGCAAAGACAGAGUCAGAGAAUAAGAUUAGUGUGAAAGAGGCCACGAAGAAGUUCAAUAGAAUCGCAUCUGAGGAGGAGAAAAUCAUCUCGCCAUCAUCGAAGAAGAAGCCCGAAAAGACCGUUGAUUCUGAGAUAAAUGAUCAAGAGACUUUGUUGUCUGAUCCAAAAGCCAAAGAAUGGCUUGUUAGUGCUGCCAGAUGCAACUAUCAGGAACUUUCAAAAUUGGCAUCGGAUCGUCCCUGGCUCGUGAAACUUCGGGUAAGUCUCUUUUUAAUUUUUGCCCAAUUUUUCAAUUUUCAAUGAAAGUCAUCAUCAAAUUCAAAAGUAUAGAAUUUUUGUAGAGAAAUUUCCUAUAUCCUCAAGUGUUUUAAGUGAAAUUUCGACAUUAACCUAAUAAUUAAGAUCAAAUGUCGAGGAUCAUCUUCAUCUUUUGAAGUCAAAGAUGAAAAUCAUUAGUGACAGCUGCAAAAUUUUCCAUUUACAUUUUGUGCACUAAUUCAUUUUCAUGUGACACAGAUUAUGAUGGGAAUCUCUUAAUUGAAAUCUUAUAUCUCUCUUCACAAAGAAAUUAUCAACUCUUAUUCUUCCUCUCUUCUACGUACAAUCUUAAUGAUUUUGCAGUGUGGAUCUAAAUUAGAAUGAGGAGCAGAAAAAAAGUGUUUUUUUUCAUUUGCAUGAGAAACAGUUUAUUAAUUACAAUUUCAUCUAUCUGGUUAAUAUCAUAAAUGACUUGACGAAAUUUUACUAUUUAGGCAAACGUAAGAUGAAUUAGAUUGAUGGAGCUUCAGGGAGGGGAGAUGGAUGGGGAAGUUAAAAAAGUUAAAUAGAUUUUUUUUUCUAUUUACGCCAUAAAUUUUGAUUCAAUCUACUUGGAAGUAAUAAUAAUUUCUAAGGCUAUAGAUGAAAUAUCGGGUUUUAUUUUGAUCUCAAUCUCAAUUGAUCGUGCCCCAAAAUGAAAUUAGUUUUCAAAAUAUGUUUUCCUAAUUGUUUUCUCUCCUCAUGUGGACUUUUCAAUUGAGUUGUGAUGAAAAGGUAAUUUUUAGAGCUGUCUCAAGUUAUGAUAUAUAUCUAGUUUUUUUUUUUGUAACUGAAGUCAAAAUGCUCCCAAUUUUUGCUCCAGUUGAUUGACAAGUAGUUGAUGUUUUCCAGUGUAAGAAAUUAGUGUUGUGUUUCAAUACAUAGUGUCCUUCUUGGGAAAUUCAAAGACAUAAAUGGUGUAUCAGGAUAAUUUUCACAUGGCCCAGAGGGAUUCACAGAAAAAAAACAUCCUCAAGUUUUUGUCUUUUGGAUGAAAGAUGACAAAUGUGCAAGAGGCACAGGAAGUGCCUGAGGUCCAUGAGAAGAAUAUUGGGCUGAUCGUAAAUCACAAACUUGUCCAAUGAUCCUAAUUAGACAAUGAGACGCAAUCCGACACUGUGGCGCCAAAUUGUGGCCAGAGGGUGUUGUAGAAAAAUAUAAGAUUAUUCAUAUUUCAGUUUUUAAGGUUUUUGGCAUUAUAUGAUGCUAAAUGUAUUUUAAUAUUCAACGAAUAUACGGGAAAGCCAUUGCGAUUCUCUGUUAUACGUAGAGGAAAAUGCCUAUGCUUAGUACGAUAGCAAGCUUCGUAGUGACUAAAUUCUUCCUAAGUUUCUAAAAUAAUGUAAUGAAUAAAUGUGAUUCCGCAAUAUAUUUUAUAAACUGGGUUGGGUUACUUUCCCCUAAUUUUUAAAAUAUAGGUGCUAUGGUGCAUUUAUUGAGAUAUUGAGAUUUAUAGGAAAAAUUUAGCUAUUACGACGAAGCUUGAAAUCGUACAAAUCAUUGGCAUCUUCCCCCGGUAUGAUUUCUCAGCUUCAAAAGAAUUAUUCGGAAAAAGAAUUAAAAACACUUGACCUUCUCUACUUUCAAUUGGAGGUCUUUCCCUUAGGAUUCUCCUUUCUCUAGAACCUCUUAUUUCUAGGAAGAUUAUCUAAAUUUAUUAAACAUUGGACUCUAAAAAUAUUAAGCAUUUUUCACCAAUAAAUCAAUUACAUUGCUCUAAAAUUAGUUAAAUACGAAUGAUCUGCUAUCGAGUAAUGAAAUAGAUUGCAAAUUGGUUGCCUUUUCCCGAAAAAGUGAAACACAUUGAGACAAUAUCAAGGUCUGUUCUUUCAGUGAAAAAGUCAACUACCCUUUUAAUUUUCUUGAUGCAAUUCUUUUACCAAUCAUUCACUUUUUUACUUUCCUGUUCAAAAUACUUCGGGUAAGUGUGCCAAAUUCCGGCCAGCUUACAAUUCCGGCCACCUUUUUUGUUCCUUGAAUUUCAAUAAAUUUUUAGUUUUUACAUACUCUAGAGAUUAUACAGUGCAAAAGAAUAGCAAAAAAUGUAGCUAUGACAAACGAGAUGACGUGAAAAAGACAUUGGAAGAAUUCCCGAAGGGCAAGGAACUAUGAGAAUGAAGGUGGCCGAAAUAGGGCACCAAAGCUAUGUCUACAUUUUUAUUAAUUUUAAAAUGUAUUAAGAAUGAUUUUAGAGUAAAUAAAGACGAUAAACUGUAUAGAAGGUUCCAAACAACGCUCCUUAAGAAGAAGGAAUAAAAAAA